AUGAUGUUAAGAGGUACCCUCAGACAAAGCAGGUUGACCAGAACUACACACUUGCCAAUAGUGAGGCUCUUUUCAUCCUCACCCCUUAAAUUUCAAGAAAUUCCUAAAUCAAAGCCUCAAGAAGAGCCUAAAUCAGAUGGAGAACCUAAAAGAAGACCCUUGAGUAGAGUUGCAAUUGGUGGGUCAAAAGAUUCCUUAAAACAGUUCAACAAAGGCAGUGGUUUAGAAUUUGCAACCUGGAAAGCUGUGGUGAUCCUUCUCGUAUUUGGUGGUAUUGGUACAUACUUUUUCCAAAAGGAAAAAGCCAGGCUACAACAUCACAGGGAAAUGGAACAAAAUAGAAAGGUUGGGACUCCAUUAAUCGGUGGACCAUUUAACUUGGUUGACACAAACGGAAAUUCUUUUACUGAAAAGAACCUUGUUGACCCUAAGGGAAAGAAGUUUUCUAUAUUAUAUUUUGGGUUCACUCAUUGUCCUGAUGUAUGCCCUGAAGAGCUUGACAAAUUAGGUGACAUGUUGGAAAUUCUCAAAAAGAACAAUGUUGAAAUUCAGCCAAUUUUCAUCACAUGUGAUCCUAACAGAGACACCCCUAAAGUUGUUGAUGCUUACUUGAAGGACUUCCAUCCAGAUAUUAUUGGGUUGACAGGAGAAUAUGAAGAGGUAAAGAAUGCUUGUAAAAAGUACAGGGUCUACUUUUCAACACCACCAGAUGUCAAACCUGGUCAAGACUACCUAGUCGAUCAUUCAAUAUUCUUUUACGUCUUGGAUCCAGAAGGAAACUUUGUCGAUGUUAUUGGAAGAGAAGCGUUGGCUCCAGAAAGUGCCUUGAAGAUUACCGAGUUAUCCGAAGCAUAUAUUCCAAAAUCAGAGAGAGAGGCAAAACAAAAUGGAUUGUUGGGAUUCCUUUAUAAAUAA